AUGUCGAGAUCUGAGAUUACAAUACGGUUGGCCCAAAGCCUCGAGAAGACUUUGUUGUCUGGGAAUCCCAUUAUGACUUUUCUUAGCAAUUUCACACUAACUGGGGACGUAAAAGUAAAAGAGUUGGUGCAGAACAACACCAAGUUAACUGAAGAGCUUCGAUCUUCUCUCCACAUCUCAGAUGAAACUAUCAGCAGCAUUUUAGAAGCAAACGUUUCCCACUCAGAGCUACAGUUUGUUCUCUCCAGUGCCCCGACGGUGGCUUUGUCUCGAAGGCGUGAUGGGGACGUUCUUUGUCUGCUGCUCAAGUUCCCUGAGGGGAAAUCUGGGUCUGCAGCGAGGGAGCUGUGCCGCCUGCCCGGGGCCCGAGUGUUUUCCCUGAUUGUGCUGAUGGGUCGGAACCUGGACCUGCGGAAUUUCGUAUACAAAACUCUGCUCCCUGCGGAAGCCAGUGUCCCGCUCAGCUCCCUGCUGGACGUCGGGUCCAGCCUCGGCCACCUGCUCCCCGGAGCCGGCCGCGUCCUCGAACACCUUCCCGAAUUCCUCCACGAACUUGAGAUCGCUGCCUUGCUGGACACGCCCGACUUCCCACAGGUAUCAGCCUUUGGUCCUUUCCAGUCUGUGAUGAAGGUGGUUUGCAAGGACCAAGCCUCUUUCUUUAGGAACUCUGACAUCUUUCUUCACUUGCCUAGAGUUAAUGAAUUCUUAGGAGACGACAAGGAAAAAUUCAACAUUCCUGAAGAUUCAACACCCUUUUGCUUGAAGCUUUAUCAGGGAAUACUACAGUCUCCAAAUGGUGCUUUGGUGUGGUCCUUCCUAAAACCUGUAUUACAUGGAAGAAUACUGUACACACCAAACACUCCAGAGAUUAAUAAGGUCAUUAGAAAGGCAAAUCGUACUUUUGAUUUUGUGGACAAGCUGAAGACUUUAUCUGAAACACUGCUGAGCUUGUCCAGUGUUUUUCAGAGCAGCAGAAAUGGUCAGAUGCUCCGUCAACUGCAGGAAGCCCUGGAAAACAAAUUUAUAAGAAGUUUUGUAGAAAGCCAGCUGCACAUUGAUGUAGACAAAUGGACGGAAAAGCUCCAGACACUCGGAGGGAAGCUGGGCCAGAUGCUGAACCGCAUGGGCGCUGGACGCCUCCGCUCCCUGGGCUGCAUCCUGGCCAACCUGACCUUCUGUGUCCUACUGACCCUCUUCCAGGGCCUGACCUCCGCCACCUGCCUGGAGGCGACCUCACAGGCCCUCAUGCGGAAGAACAGCUUCUUGGCCAGUAUCAUUUUUAACAGUUCCUCAGCAGGUAAGAACCUCAGCUCAGAAUCUCUCCAGCUGCCACCCCAGGUUACGUACAGCAUCCGGACCAGCAUUUUGUACAGCUUGAGGACGGAUCUGGUGAAAAACCCUUUCUGGAAGUUCCACCCUCAGAGCCUCCCAGCCGAUGGGUUCAAGUAUAACUACAUCUUUGUCCCAUUGCAAGACAUGAUCGAAAGAGCUAUCAUCUCAGUGCAGACGGGGCAGGAGGCCCUGAACCCGGCUGUGCAGGUGCAGGCCAUCCCGUACCCGUGUCACACCAGCCACCUGUUCUUGAACAGCGUCGGCUCCUUCUUCCCGCUGAUAGCGAUGCUCACGUGGAUAGUGUCCGUGGCCAGCGUGGUCUGCAGGCUGCUUUACGAGUGGGAGAUCCAGCUGGAGGAGUAUGUGAAGAUGAUGGGCCUGCCCCCCGCCGUCCACUUGCUGGCCCGGCUCCCGGAGCACGGGGCCAAGCUGACGGUGAGCCGCGCCGCCCUGGCCCUCAUCCUCGGGGUCAGCGGCGUCUUCACCUCCAGCAGCACCUGGAGCGUCCUCUUCCUCCUGGACUCCGGGGUGUCGGUGGUCACACUGAGCUACCUCCUGAGCGCAUCCUUCGGCCGGGCGAGCUCGGCUGCCCUGUGCAGCAGCCUGCCCUGCGCGGCCAGCUUCCUGCCCUACAUCGUGCCGGCCUGCAGGCCUCCCUCGUCGGUGCGUUGUUCUGUGAAACUGCAGAGCAAGGCUGCCGUGUACCCCGCAGCACGUUUCAGUGCAUCACUGUCAGUUUUUCUCUUCUCCCCCUCCAUCUGCAAGCAGUACCUCCUCUCCACAACUGCCUUCGGACAAGGAGUACUUUUGGUUACAUUCCUGGAAGGGCAAGAGGCAGGGCUUCAGUGGGAUAAUAGGUACCAGUCUGUGGAACUAGUGGGCAUGACACUUGGCUGGGUUUGCUGGAUGAUUUUCUUUGAUUCAGGCCUUUACUUCUUAUGUGGAUGGUACUCGAACAACUUGAUUCCUGGUAUCUUUCGAAAGGUGACGAUGUGCCCUGGAGGCGAGAUGGACCGCACAUGUGCGCUGAGAUCCACCGGUUUUGAGCUGGUCCUGUCUGCUCGGCGCUCCCGCCCGGCUCCUGAGAACUCACAUUCCAUAUAUGGUGGUGGUGAAAAGGCAGAUCACGGGGGUUCUCACCUGUUCUUCUUCAGUGGGGACGUGGACAGUCAAGGCUCAUCCCUGCAAAAUGGGGAAGGAGAGCUGGAAGGAGGCCCCCCAAGUGUUGUCCUGCUUUCUGUGACCAAGGAGCACGAUCACCACCAGGCGGGGUUCUGGGACCUGACCCUGACCUUCCACGGGGACCAGAUCACUGCCCUGCUGGGGGCCAACAGUGCUGGGAAGACCACUGUCAUAUCUUUGCUGAGGGGGCUCUACCCCCCCCCAUCCGGAGCCAUUGCAGUCAAUGGCAGGAACCUGAAGACGGAGGCACCCUCGGUCAGGGCAGAGCUGGGCACGUGUCCGCAGCGCCACGUCCUGUUUGCCCCCCUCCCGGUGCUCGACCACCUGCUGCUAUUCCCCUCCCUGAAGGCACCACGGGGACCCAUCAGGAGCUGCGUGGGCAUGUCCGUAGGUGAGGGGCAGCCACCUCUGCCCUCGCCGCCUGCCCUGUGUGGGUGUGUAACAGGUGUGGGUGCUUUUGGGUGUCCCGAGGUGCAAAGGACGGGCGGAGGGGGUGAGGAGAGGGCGAAGGAGCCUAAGCGGUCCUGCCGAGAAGCCUGGACGUUACCCUGCGGGCAGGUGGUUGCAGGCAGCAGGGGCCGAGCAGCCUGCGGCGCUGCGUGUGUACCGGUGGCCCUGGGACGCCAGGCAGGCCCGACCCGCGGCGGGGAGAUGCUGCUUUGGGGCCGGGGUGUGAGGACGGAUGGUCAGUACUGCACGGGCCUCAGAAGAAAAUGGGCAUCUAAGGAACUGUCACACGUGACCGCGUAUCGCUGCCUUGAAAUAGUUUUGCAAGAUUCAUUUUGUAAAUGGGAGCACCUGAAAAACAAGGACGCGAACAGCUCUGAAUGUAAGUUGAGGUUCACCCUGCAGGAAAUGCACGGGGACGCUAACCAACCAUCAGGUGGGCAGACCGACAACCAGACCCGAGAAGCUCUCCUGGGCUCCUUCUGGGUCGGGAUGAGAAAUCCGCAAACAGUGAAACGGACACGAAGCAUUUACUCGGUGGUCAGUCGGGAAGGGGCUGCUCCAGACGUAGCGCACGUGGACCAGAGUCCAGACCUUCCUGGCGGGCUGCUCUGGCCACCCCACCGGCCUCCGCAGGGUCCCGAGGGAACUGAGGGCCCUCGGCAGCAGGGAACUCUCCAGGACGUGGGGCUGCCACAGCACCAGCCCCAACACGCCCGCGCCCUCUCAGGGGGCGCGUGGAGGAAGCUGUCCCUCGGCAUCGCCGACCGUGGUCCUCGACGAGCCCACCAGCGGGGUGGACCCGUGUUCCUGCCGUGGCAUCUGGGACGUGCUCCUCGAAUACCAAGAAAGCGGGACCAGGCGGUGCUCCGCGUUCUCCUCCCGUUGUACCGCCGUGGUGGAGGGGAGCAAGGGGUGUAUCCCAAUACGUCAUCCUUCUCGGGGAAAGAAAUUUCCCAGGAGUGCACGGAGACACACCCGUCGUGCAGCAUCCCUGUGGUGCCGGGCGUCUGGGGGCUGCUCAGCCGGCUUAGCAGUGGGGCCAUCCGAGCUUUACUUCCAACUUCGGGCAUUAGAUGGGUAGUUACUGACUUCCAGCUUCUGAUUUCCUGCUGUGAUUCUGAAGCACUGCAGCCAGGAAGCACUGCAUUUCACACAGAAACACUGGAGUUUGGAAAAAGCAUCGGGAAGAGAGAAACAUACCCAAUGCUGCUGCUAGACAUGCAUGGGAGCAACGGCGUCAGGGUUACCGUGGAAGCUUCCUUCUGUUCUGGAGGCUGGGACCCGAAGGACACAGCUUGUGCCAUGUCUCCGAUGCAGACCUACAUCCCACAGUCAACCCUCCGAGGCAGCAGCUGGGGCGAGCUGAGCUACACGAUCCCUGAGGAUGCAGACAGAGCCUGCUUCACAGGGCUUUUCCAGGCCCUGGACCAGAACCUUCACCACCUGUACCUGACGGGCUAUGGGGUCUCAGACACCAGCUUAGAAGAGAAAACCGUCUGCCAGAAUGAAAAUGGGAUUGAAAUAGACUUGGGCGGGUUAAUGCUGGUGCCAGAAAGCAGCAGCUUCCGCUGGGGCCUCGGGAAGCAGGGAAAGGUAGCCGCUGCCUCAGACUUAACGACAGGACAUCUUGGGGAAACCUUUGGGGGCCUGUCGGUCUUCAGGAAGCUGAAGACAGACGUGCCCUCGAGGGCACCCUCCUCCACACUCACCUCCUGGCCAGAGCGGAGGGGGGUUGAGCCGGGCAUCCUGAACCGACGGCACGCCUGCUGGGCCCCCCUGGUGCGGGGCGGUGCCCUGCUCUGGGCACAGACGGCCACCCUCCUGCUGAAGCGGCUCCUCCACUCGGGUCGGGCCUGGAAGGGCACCGCCUCCGACCUGCUGCUGCCCGUGCUCUUCGUGGCCUUGGCGAUGGGCUUGCUCAUGGUGAGGCCUUUGGCCGUCGGCUGCCCUCCCCUCAAACUGACACCUGGCCAUUACGACAUGGCCAAAACCUACUUUUUCAGCAGUGAGAACGGUGACGUGGAGCUCGGCCGCGUGCUUUUGCGGAAGUUUGGGGAUCAGGACCUGCUCUGUGCUGACUUACACUCAGACCUGUAAAUUAACAGCUCAAGCUGGGUGCAUGACCCCUUCUCUCACCCAGAAGUCCAGGAGUCCUGCGGCUGCCUGAAGUGCCCCAGUGGAAGCACCAGGGCUCCCUACCAGACCAUCUGCCUGGGCCACAGGCUGCUCAACCUCUCCGGCCUCCCCCUGGAGGAGUAUUUGCUGGCGCUGGAGGAAAAACCAAGGCUUGGAGGAUGGUCUUUUGGAGUGAGAAUCCCUGCUUAAGUUCAAGAUGCACAUUCAAAUAUAUCAAAACCCAGAACUUUGGCAAAGGGCCAUUAAGUUCUCUUUCUUUUUUGGGUGUGGUACAGUCAGAAGGGCUUUCAUUCCCUGCCAUCCUACCUAAGUCAUCUCAACAACCUUAUUCUGUGGAGGCUCUUACCCCCUGUGGCAGACUGCAGGCAGUACGGAAUCACGCUCUACAGCCACCCAUAUGGAGGAGCCUUGCUGAACGAGGACAAGUUCCUGGAGAGCUUCCGCCAGUGCGGCAGCACCCUGGGCAUCACGCUUGGAUUCUCCAUCCUGUUCGCGUCCAUCAGCAGCUGUGUGCGGGACAGGGUGACUGGGGCCACAAGGCUGCAGCACAUGCGCGGCCUGGGCUACAGGACCUACUGGCUCACGAUCUUCCUGUGUGACAUGCUCUUUUACUUGGUUUCUGUCUGCCUGUGUGUCGCUGUGCUCCUCGCCUUCCAGUUAACGGCUUUCACUUUCCGGGAGAACCUGGCAGCCACGGCCCUCCUGCUGGCACUUUUUGGAUGCGCGACUGUUACGUGGAUGUAUUUCAUCUCCUGAAUCUUCUUCAGUUCGGACGUGGCUUUCAUCUGCUACAUCUCCCUGAACUUCCUCCUCGGCCUCUGCACCAUGCUGAUGACCGUCACGCCCUGGCUGUUGGCCUUUGUCUCCAAGGCUCAGAAUUUGCAGAACAUCUGCGACGUCCUCAAGUGGGUCUUCACUAUUUUCCCUCAAUUCUGCCUGGGUCAAGGGCUGAUAGAACUCUGUUACAAUCAGAUCAGAUACAACCUGACCCACAACUUCGGCCUCGAUUUGUACAUGAGCCUCUUCGAGAUGAGCUUCCUGGGCUGGAUCUUUGUGCAGCUGGCGGUACAAGGGAUGGUCCUUCUCCUCCUGAGGGCCCUGCUGCAUGGGGACCUCUGGCAGUGGCCCAGGUGUCACUCAGUAUGAGAAUCUCUGGUCACAUCUUCCAAGGACGUAGAUGUUGAAAAAGAGCAAGUGAGGGUGUUGGAAGGCAGAACUAGUGGAGACAUUCUCGUGUUGUACAACCUUAGUAAGAGUUACAGAGGCUUCUUCAAGAGGGCUUACUCAGGGGAGAGGAUAUCUGAAAUGGAAACUAAGAGCAGCUUCACAUUUCAGGAAUCUCUGCAGGGUCUAGGUGGGCUUGGCCAGAAGAAACCCAGAACAGUCUCUUUUCCAGGGUUCAGGGAACCAGGAAGCCAGCUUAGGUCAGGAGACAUCGGGAAACAAGUGUUCUGGAAGGAGCUCAGGAAGAAUGAAAACGUCUCAGCUUCCACCACAGAAUCCCCAGCUAAGGAUAUCCAAAGGUUCAAGUGCUUUCGGCUUCUACAGGUGAACGGAGCUGGGAAAACCACCACAUUCAAAAUGCUGACCAGGGACCUGCCUCCGAGCUCGGGACACACCAUCCUCAGGACUCCCAUGGGAGAGGAUGUGGAUCUGGCUCUUGCUGGCACAGCUGGCAUCCACGUUGGCUACUGUCCACAACAGGACGCCCUGGAUGAGCUCCUGACCGGCCGGGAACACCUUUGUUAUUACUGCAGCCUGCGUGGGAUUCCAAAGCAGUGCAUCCCCAAAGUGGCCGGGGAACUCGUGAGGCUCCUCCACUUGGAAGCCCACGUGGACAAACCUGUGUCCACCUACAGCGGGGGGACCAAGAGGAAGCUGUCCACAGCCCUGGCCCUGCUGGGGAAACCCGACCUUCUCUUACUGGACGAACACAGCUCAGAGAUGGAUCCCUGCUCGAAGUGGCACCUGUGGGAGGCGGUGACGAAUGAGGCACAGGAGGGCUGUGCCGUGAUCCUGAGCUCCCACAGCAUGGAGGAGUGUGGGGCCAUGUGCCCGAGACUUGCCAUCAUGGUCCAUGACAGCUUCCAGUGCCUGGGUUCCCCACAGCACAUCAAAAACAGGUUUGGUGAUAGUUAUACAGUCAAGGUUUGGCUCUGCAACGAAGCAAAUCAACACAACGCUGUUUCCGACUGCUUGAAGCUCUCUUUUCCAGGAAUCCAGUUUAAGGCGCAGCGCCUUAAUUUAUUGGAAUACCAUGUGCCAAAAAGAUGGGCGUGCUUAGCGUUCAGAGUUCUGGAGGACAAUAAAAACUUCCUGAGUAUCAAAUACUACUCCAUCAAGCACACCCCUCUGGAGCAGAUAUUUGUUAAUUUUGCGACUGAGCAGCAACAAACCACACCACCUUCUGAUCCGUCCACCGGUCGUGAGCACCCACAGAACCUGCCUGUCUAAGCGCUGAAGAAGACGCUGUUCAGAGAGAUAAAACCUCGUCUUUUGUUAUAAUUAAGAUUCAGAGAUCAAAAGAGCGAGUGGGCCGCAGAGGAGCUGGAAGACACAGGGCAGGCAGUCCAAUCUCAUUCUGUCCUUCAUUUUCUGUUUUGAAACUCUUUGUUAAUUACACCCUGAAAGGUCAUUCUUUUCUGCAGACUUUUGGGCAGUUCCUCUGAUUCAGUUACUGUCUUUGCCAAGGCGAGAUGGGCCGGCUUCCUGGGACAUGGGAAGGAAUUGACAUUCCUUCUGGAGCUGGAAAGGCUGUCAGAGUUUGUCCAGGUCAAACAUUUAAUUUUAAGGAAACUGAGGUCCCCAAGGCUAAUCUAUUUUUUGUUGUCCUUUUACUAGAUUAUGCUUACAUGUGUCUAAAUAACAAUUCAGUGAUUUAAAUGUACCGUUUCUCUAACCCUGGAUGACAUUAUAUGUUAUGAGAUGAAAGCAUACCAUUUUUUCUUACAAAAGAUGCUUUUAAAAAAAUAAGGAUUAAAGAGCUUUUCAGUCAAUGCUUUAGCAAAAUUAAAUAAUUUGAACUGGGUACCCUGUAUCAUUUACAAAAAGUGUGACCAGAAUUUCACAGAUUAUAAAUUUAGGGGAAUAUAGAAAGAAAUAUAAUAUAGAUGUAUUUUCUUUUUAUUAAUUUGGAUUAAUAAUUACCGUUCAAGUCAGUGGUUUUCAAAGUGUGUUGGUCCCCAUAAUAGCUGCAUUUGCAUCUCUUGGGAGCUUGGCAGAAAUGAAGGUUCUCAGGCUCAACCCCGAAAUCUAAAACCCUAGGGUAGGAGCCCUGCAGUCUCGGUUUAAACAAGUCUCCCUGGUUUCUGUAGCACAUUCCAGUUUGAAUACCAAUGGUCUAAGGAAAUAUCUAGGUACCUUCUAAUUAUACAAGCAAAACUAGCACCAUAUGUAGUAAACAUUAAUUUUCAAACAAUUUUUAUAUUUCUAAAACUCUGUCAUUCUCAGAAUUAUUGUCCUCAGAGUAUUUUCAAAUAUAAAGUGCUCAGAUGUGGCUCUAAAAAGCUUUGUAAACCCCACCGUUUGCAUUUUAUAGUUAGAAAAACACAUCAAAUCACCGUGUCUGCUCCUCAAAAUGGUUUCCAGUCAGACACUUCAGAGUUGAAAUGUUUCUCAACCCGCUUUGAGUAACAUUCUUCUAAAACCCCAAUGGAGGACUGCACUGAUUUUAUUUUACAACUUAACCGUAUCCAAUUAAGUUUUUGAGUGACAGUAGCUUGUGAUCAAAGAAAAACACUUUCUUGUGGUAUUCCUUUGCUGAAGCAAGAUUUCAUUAAAAUAUAUCUUUCCUGAACAUAAUUCUAUACUAGAGAUAUUUUUAAAUGUUAAGGAUUAAGCCAAUUACGGAUCGUUUUGAGUGAAUGAUUUUGAUUCACAUAUAUCACAUGAAUUAUGCUUUCUAAAAGAAGUUACAAUUUAGGGUUUUGUGAUUUUUCUCCCAAUUCUACCAUUGUCUCAUUGUCAAAAUGAAAGAUGUAAUCCUUUGUUGUUGUUGUUGAAUCAAUAAGUAACAUUUGUGAAACACACACAUGUUUAU